AUGGUAAGUGUAGGGUUGGUGACUAUGUCUGCAUCACGAAUUUACUACUCCGCUCCAUGUUGUCAAUUGUCAUAUUUGCCUGAAAACAUAUCGUUAGACUCUCCAAUUACACAUUAUAACAGUGGAACCAAGCAAUGUGUUGAGGUACUGACUCAACACACAACUUUAGUUAAUAAUGUUACGGAGGGUGGUAUAGAUGAUGCCAUUAUAAAACCAUUAGAUGAAGUUACAACUCCAAAAAACUCUGCUAGUGAUUUACUGAUUAAGGAAGAAAACGUUGGGUCUCAAAAAUUAGUAAUCAAUUCACCCACUUCCGCCAUCAUAAUAUCUAGCGGUGACUCCAACAAGUCAUUACACUUCAAAGAUUUUAUUGUAAAACCCAAAGUUUGCAAUAAUAAUUUGGACGAAGUAGAUGGACUUGUCAAAAUGGUGUAUUCCCCAGACCAAGGUAGUACUAUUGAUGAAUCAACAACAGAUGCAGUUGUUAAUAACACUUACUUAGUGAAUAAUCGCAGCACGAUGUAUAGGAUGCAAAUUCCAUUGGCUCAACGCAUUUUAGCCACUCCUCCAAAAAUAGAUUUGGAUGUAGAACCGGCUGUUUCGACAGACAAUAGUGAUAAAGAUGAUGGUAACGAUAUUUGCAAUGAAAAACGCAAGUUAUCUGUUUCAUUGGAUAAAAAACCAAUAGGGCUAGUUAAGAAGCUGACAACGGAGGCUAAAUUGUCAACCAGUGCCACUGCUGGUAUCAAUUGUUCUGUAGGUGUAAAUAAGGCUGUUAAAAGUUCAGGUUUCCGAAAAAAGCCUUCAUUGAUCAACUUCAACAAAAUUCACAAACAAAUGCGAAUGUUUAUGCCCUAG